ACAGAUCUGUACUCGACACACACCUCGUCCAGUUACUCGCCCUCCAUGUCGGACGGUACAAUUACUCCGAACUCGCUCCAUCACCAUCAUCUUCAUCAUCACCAUCAUCAUCAACAGCAGCAGCAGCAAAGACUGCAUCAUCACAUGCAGCAGCAAUACCAUGGUGAACAACAACAACAGAUAAGCGGCAGUGGCGGUGGUGGUCACAACCGCGACAGGCAUCACAAUCGACGUGUUUCAGCCUUAAAUGGAGCAACAGCUACUGGUGUCACUACUGGCGGCGAGGACGAUGAAGAGAAUGAUGAUGAUGAUGAGGCUGGUGACGGGGAUGCAGACGAAGAUGACGACGCCGCAAAUUCUAGCGAGGAAAGGGUAUUCCUUACGUCAAAUGGUGGUGGUGGUGCCAAUGAUGCUGCUGGAGGAGCAGCAAACAACACAAACAACACCAGCACAUCUACCACCACCUCGAACAGCAUCGGUGGCGCAAAUAGUGGCGGCGGUGGCGGUGACAAACAUUCCGUAAAAAUUCCAACGAAAUUGCGGAAAAUCGAUAGGGAUUCGGCAAAGUUGUUGGAUAAGUUGACAAGUGAUGGCAUUAAGAGCGCGACCGACCGCGAUGGAUCCUAUCAGUGUCAGUUCUGUGAUAAAUCAUUUCCGCGCCUUGGAUAUCUCAAGAAGCAUGAACAGAGUCAUGCGGAGCACCUACCAUUCAAAUGCGACUACUGUGCGAGACUUUUCAAACACAAACGGUCUCGUGACCGACACACCAAAUUGCAUACUGGUGAUAGACGAUACAGGUGUCCACAUUGUGAGGCGGCUUUUUCAAGAAGUGAUCAUCUUAAAAUCCACAUGAAAACACACGACAACCAGAAACCAUUCCAAUGCACUAUCUGCAAUCGAGGUUACAAUACAGCUGCAGCACUAACAUCACACAUGCAAAAUCACAAGAAACAAGCAGCAAUUUUAGCUGCUGGAGGUAAUCCGGCUGCAAUCAACUACAGCCCACGAUCAACUGGUUCCGGUUCGAGUAAUGGCAGUUUGCAAAAACGUCGUUACACAUCCAUUGCCAAUACUAAAAGUCCAAGUCCCAGUACAUUGGAGUAUGCCAAACGCAUGCGCAGCUCCUACGUCUCAUGCAUGUAUUGCACAAAAUCUGACUUCACUUCAAUGGAACAAUUAAGCAGUCACAUUCAAGCAAUGCAUGAAAAAGAAGCACUUGCCAAUCAAUCUUUGACUGCAAGUGGUUUUCAAAUGUCCUGUGAAUACUGCACAAUGAAAUUUCCCAGUGUCCCGGCAAUGUUUCAACACAUGCGAACAACUCAUAUUGAUCGUUUGUCAAGUCCAAGUAGUUAUUUCGAACAUUUUAAUCGAUUAGCUGCAACUGGUACUUUUAGUCCAAGAUUAUCAACUCCCAAAUCGUCGAAUGAAACUAAAGUCAAAGUUGAAGAACCAAGUCCUAAGGGCGAAGAAAAAACCGAUGACGAACCAACUGAUUUGAGUCAAAAUCGACGAUCUGUUCAGACUCCAUCGCAAGAAUCUGCCGAAGCUAACGACAGACCUGGGGUAUUCUUCUGCAAUCAAUGCAGCGAUGGUUUUCCAGAUUUUGACAGUUUCCGUAGUCAUUUAAAAUCACACAUUGUCCAGGGACUCAAUUUGGUUUGUCACCAUUGUGGUCAGACCCUGCGAGAUCAACCAGAAUACGAAAGACACAUCGUUUCUCACUUUCUCAUCACUUGUUCGGAAUUUGCUUGCACUGAGAAGAAUUGCAAUAAAACCUUUUCAAAGCCUGACGAACUUCAGAAGCAUCUCUUUGACAACCACAUUCAAACUUUAUUCAAAUGUCUCCUGUGCUCAGACCUCUUCGAAACAAAAGUCGCUGUACAAGUCCACUUCGCUUGCGUUCAUUCACCGGAAAAGAAGAUUUUCCGCUGCUCAGCUUGCAUGGAUACUUUCCAUGGAGAACAGGAAUUCCACAUUCAUGUGAAAACUCGCCACCAGACCAUAGUUGGCUCACCAAUUCAAUGCAUGUUCUGCCGAGCUGUUUGCUCCACCGAACUCGAAAUGCAUUUCCAUCUUGCUGCUCAUGCCCGCCAGUUUCGUUGCCCAUCAUGCCCGGAGACUUUCCACGUCGAAUUCCUACUCGAUAGACACAUGCAAACUCACCAUCAUGGACAGAAAGAAGUUGAAUCCACACCACCUCCUCCUCCACCACCCCCUGUCAAUCCAUCCCCAGUAAACUCGAUCAAUCCUCUCUAUAUGAGUGCCCUUUUCAAUAAGCCCCCUCCAGUCACUCAAAACAACAACAACAGCAUCCUGGACUAUAAUGCAUUCGCAAUGGGAAAGAACUUAUUCGCAAAUGCCUCAGGUAACAAAUUCUACAAUCCUCUUCAAGUCGAUACUGGAUCGGCCAUGAAACAUCCAUCUCUGGUGUAUGCCAGUUUGAAUCAACGUUACUUCGAUACCAAUCGAACUAUUCUCGAAAUGUACAACCAACAUCAACAGGAUAAAAUUGCCGCUGGCCCAGUUGCUAGUAUGUUCACCAGUCCAAGCAACAAUAAUAGAAGUGCACCUAAAGUUCCACAAGAGGCUAACAAGCCCUCAGAUCGAGCUAUUGGCAAUGGAGGCGGUUUUAGUUGCGGAAUGUGUGAACGUAAUGAUUUUCGCACUGAAGCAGAAAUUCACUCCCAUCGCAAGAUCGUCCACAAUCUAAAGACAGGUGUUAGUCUUCGUUGUGCUUAUUGCAGUGGAAACUUUAAGUCACGCAGUGAGCUUGAACACCACAUGAAAACUUGUCACAAUUCAACUGGCAAGCAUAAGUGUUUGAUCUGCGAUGAGAUCUUCCCAUCGCCUGCAAUUCUUGCCGAACACAAAUUGCAACACUCAAAAGUUGGACAGUCUGGAAAGUGUUCCCAUUGCGCCAAAUCCUUGCCCGAUGUCAUGGCUUUUAAGGGUCAUCUUCUCGAACACAACACUGAAGGUCAGAUGCCAGUGCAAUGCAUUUGCUGCCGUCAAACACUUCAUUCCGAUUUUGAAAUCGGUCUUCAUGCCAAGUUCCAUACCAAGUCAUCGUGUAUUUCCGAGAGUGUCUGUGCCCUCUGCUUGGAACCAAUACCCAACACAAUCGAUGCAAAAGUCUGCGAAAAAUGCUGCCGCAAACACAAUCUCAACAACAAAUACUCGAAUCAGCGAAGCAACUUUGAUAGCAACUCAGGACAGUCAAACUAUGUGGAGAACCGUUGCAACCUUUGCAAUGUCAUAAUGCCCCAUUCCCAGAAACUCCAAGAACACUUGGUCGAACACACUUUCGCCGGUUGCGAAGAUAGAGGCUUUUCGUGCUACAUCUGUUCGGCAGUUUUCACAGCUCCAGCUGGUUUGCUAAGUCACAUGCUCGAGCAUGGAGCCAAUUCACGUCCCUACGAUUGCAAUCUUUGCAGUGACAAGUUCUAUUUCCGUGCCGAAUUGGAUCAUCAUUUAGUCGAUCAUGAAGCUCGUGAUCGAUCAAAGAACUCACAAUCCACAGCUAGGAAUUCAAGCCCUGUAAAUGAUGAUAACAAACCAUCAUUCCCCGAACCAUCACCCCAAUCGGCAGAAGAAGAACCACCAAAGCUUGAGCUCAAAAAUGAAUCUCUUGAAGAGAAACCAACCGUCGAAGAAGACGAUGAUGAAUAUAUCGAAGUUGAAAAAGUUCCCGAAACCAUUACAUCGCAGGAGAAAUCAUCACGUCCUUCUGACAAGGAUGAAUAGACUUUAUAGGUUAAUGUAUACCUCAAGUAAAACCAGCACCAGUAUUUCCUUGUGAUAUGCUCAAGAGAUCUUUUGCUUCUUUUAUUAUUUUUUUUUUUUCGUUUCAAUGUUAAUUUUAUUACUUUGUUCCAGAUUUGUAUCCAUUAAUUUAU